AUAUCCGGUAUUGUUUUGGCGAUGAAGAAUCGGACAGAGAAUGAGUAAACAUCAUCUUUCAGAAGAUUUCACCUCGUCCAAGCCCAAUAUGAAACAGUCGAUAUGUCAUGGUAAUUGAUUAUAUUCAGCUUAAUAACACAGGAACCAGCCAUGUGAAUACUCGGACAAAGAAUACAGAAACACAAGUGGAGAUCAGGUUCUGAAAUCCAUGUAACAUAUCAUGAUUCUGAUGAGGUCAACGCGCCAAGAAACUUUUCAAGAGACUGACAACAAGGGAUUUGUAAAACAUCAGUUAAAUACCUAACAAGAUGGAAUGUGCAGGUGGCGCUGACAUAGAUAUCACUAAAGUACAUAGUGAUUCUCUGAGAUUUCUAGUACAAGAACACCAUAGGCUUCGUGGACUAUCUAAAUCACCAUUAUCCAAUGAAAAAGAUUUCGGUAAAAUUGGCAUGGCAGAAAGUUUUACUAACAGAAGAAGUAGUUCACCAAUUGGCCCUGGAUUUGAAUCCGAUCAAUUUAAAAAUGAUGUAAUGUUUAGCAGUGCAUCAAUGUCAGAGGUAUCAACAGGAGGCUGUUCCACGUCUAGUAAUAACGCAACUAAAUCUCUAAUCGACUCAGGUGAUAACAUAGUGUUUUCCGAUAGAUUUGGACAGAGUUCUUCGACUGAUCUCUCUGUGACAGACAUUAAAAAGGAGCAUGUUUCUGAGGAUGAAGAAGGCGUAGACACAUGCUUUCAAACAAAUUCACAGACAGUUUUUCCAGGAAUGAUGACAUCAACUGUUCAAAAUACAAGAGAGCUAGGUAUAUGUUCUGCACAAUCUGAAAGUUCCCAAGACAACGUGGCUUUCGUGAUCAAACAGGAACCACUGACAGACGAUGACGAUGGAAAUAACAAUGGUGUAGGUACUGAGGUGUUCGAAGAAUACUUAUUAAAAAGCAAUGAAAUGGAUGACAACACCACUGCUUCUGGAACUCACCAAAACGAGGAAAAUUUGAAGAAACGGAAAACGACAGAGGUUGAAAUUGACUCAACAAGCAAAAGAGCAAAGAGAAAUGCAACAGGUAAAACGUAUAAGAAAUUUGGUAAUGAAUUCCAUAUGGACAAGGUCGAUGAUCUUGAUGAAGACAAAUACCAGAAUGAAACUGAAGAGACUAAAGGAAACUCUGACGAGGAAUACUCACCGAGUGUUAACAUUGGUCACAAGGCAAAGAACAAGGAGACAGGAAAGACAGAAAUGGACGGGAAAGUGCCAUCAAAUACACUGUUCUUUUUUGAGAAUCUUGUAGGGAAUACUUUAAACAUAAAGGGAACAUCCAAAAAUCUCCAAGUGAAGAUUUUCAAAUGUCCAGAAUGCAACGAUAUUUUUACGUAUGAAAGUGUGUUUAAAAAGCAUAUGAAAAAACACAAUGGCGAUAUGCCGUUCAAAUGUAAACACUGUAACCUUGGGUUCAUGACCCAGUUCAGCCAUGACCUCCAUAGUCGAGUACACUCCCCUGACAAAAGCUACACGUGCGGUAUUUGUGGAGAGAAAAUAAAAUUAAAGAAGGAUCUUAAAGAACACAAUGCAAAUCACACAAAGGAGGCCCAAGAAGUCUCUUCUAAUCAGCGGACUAAAACUGAACAGACACCAAUUGCUGCAUCAGGAGAAAAUGAAAGUUUGUCUGAUGUAGGUUUGUCACCAUUCGGUUGCAGCAUGUGUGUCUUUGUGGCAAAAGAUUUCGCCGAAAUUGGAAACCAUGUGAUGGAGUCACAUUUUGUUGACAAGCGUUGUUUUUGUGAUAUAUGUAGCAGACGGUUUGCUAACACUGAUGAUCUGAAACUUCACAAGAGUCUACAUGACGAUCAGUGUGAAGAAAUCAGUUGUGGUAUAUGUGAAGAAAUUGUGGACAGUAAAGAAGACCUGAUGAAGCAUUUAGACAUUCACCCCGAGGCUAAACCAUACAAGUGUUGUCAUUGUGGUGACAAAUUCAUUGUAUUACCACAGUUACAAAAUCAUAUGCAAACCCAUUCGUUCACUAAACGCUAUAACUGUCCCUACUGCUUCAAACAGUUUUUCCAUGAGAACACGCUUGAAAGCCAUCUUCGAGUACAUACUGGUGAGAUUUCAUACAUUUGUCCUGUUUGUGAUAAGGGUUUCAGAGCAAGUGACCGACUACGGAGACACAUGAAAGAACAUCCAGUGCCGUACAGUUUAUACAGUAAUUACAAAAAAGAAAUAAUUGAUCACAAUAUUGACGUCAGUAAUUCACACAAAGGCGAAUUACAAAACAAAGACGAGUUUGUUGAAGAGGACAGAACUGACUUUCAAAAAGGAGGUACGGAUACUUUGGAAUCUGGAACCCAAGAGUGGAAAGGAGAACCUGGCUGUUAUGUCGAUGCUUCUGGUUCGGACUCGGGGAAAUCAAGUGAUGCAGACACUAUCAAACAGGAACCCAAUGAUAUUGAAGAAGAGGAAAAUCGAAGUGAUAUGACAGAUUUUAGUUGUAUGGACAAUUUAUAUAGACCAAGCGAGGAAACUGUCGACAGCUCGUCUGGUUCUGCUAUUUUCGAGAAACUAAGAAGGCAAAGGAGCUUAGUUGGAUCACAACUGCCACCGAGUGGACACAUCAAUUCUGGAACGCCUUUUUGCAUUUCUGUUAAAAAACUUACUAAGGUUGCAGUAACUGACAAAUCUGAUAAUACAUACACGGAUGCGAAAGACAUAAAUACAAACCAGCAGUUUGCGGAGAUGGAAGACACGAUGAAGCUGCAGAUGAAUAUUCACCAAUGUAAUGUCUGUGGCGCCAUGUUUGCAUAUAACAAUAUGCUGAAGAGGCACAUGAUGAAACAUACAGGGAAAGAACCAUACAAGUGUGAACUUUGUGGGCAUGGUUGCAUGUCUUCAUCAGCCUUGAAGGCUCACAGCUUGGUACACUCUGGUGAAAGACCCUACAGCUGUGACAAGUGCCCAAAGGCAUUUCGACAGAAGAGUAGUCUCAAGUCCCAUUUACUCACCCACAAAGAAACAUUUGGGAGCAGGCGGUGUAAGCUGCCUUUUAAGGAUGCACCCUUGCUGCAGCAGCACAGGCAAAACUCAUGCGAGAUAAGUGCAUUCGGUUGCAGUAUAUGUAAUAUGACUUUUAAAGAUAUAACCAGCGUCUUUUCUCAUGUUAACUUUCUUCAUUUCAAGAGACAGAUACAUGUCUGUGAUGUUUGCUGCCAACGUUUUGAUUCCUUGUUGAGCUUACAAGAACACCAGGCUGCACAUAUUGGCUCUCAGAAAUACACUUGUGGAAUAUGUGGUAAUAAUUGUACUGAUAAAGAUGAACUUAAUACACACUUACACGAUCAUCCCAGCGCCAAGCCAUUUAAGUGUCAAGUUUGUUGUGAAAAAUACAGUUCAGUUACCCAGUUUACUAUUCAUAUGGAAUCUCAUUUAACAGACAAAAGCGAGCAGGACACUGCAAAUGACAAAAACGCUCGACUCUCGCCAGAAGCGAAUAAACAGUCAGAAUCAAAUUCUAUGGAUGAAUCGGGAAAACGAUUUCCAUGCAAAUAUUGUGAUCUGAUAUUUUCUACCGCUGCACAGAGAUGGGCACAUUCAGCUGUGCAUGACAAAGCACGACCAUACAGCUGUUCAGUAUGUGGAAAGAAAUACAUCAACAAGGGAAGCAUGGCUACACACGAGAAAAGUCACGAAAAAGGCAAAGGGAAAAAAAUCAGCGGUGGAUGUAGCGGCGAAACACUUGGGAGAAUGAAAAACCUAGUAGAACAAAACAUUUCGAAACAAAGUGACUUUGAUAAUCAGAUACAGAACGAAAUCAAAGGUAAAACGAAAUUGUCGAGGUUAUCUAAAUCGAAAAAACAAAAGACAGAGGAAGAUUCGAAGGAAUUUUCUGAUGCAUCACAAAGAAAUGAUGAACUGUUUGGUUUUAAAGAAGAGUCGGACGGAAUCGGCUGUGAAACGGUAGUAUCGGACACAUUAAAAGAAAGCGAUGUGUGUGAGAGUUCAGCACACGACGACUGCAACAAUGAAUAUAGGUUUAUCAAAACAGAACCUAUUUCAACUGGAUACUGUGACACAGAAACAGCCUAUGGCGAAGGUAACUUGCCAUUUCAAGCUCAUGGAAGUUCUUUUGACGAAGGCUUGCACGCAAACCAAAACAUGUCCUCAACCGCUGAUACAUCAUAUGUAUAUCAAAUGGAAAUUAAAACUGAACAGGAUAUGGAUAACUGUGAUGAUGCACACCGAACAUAUACGUGCAAUACAUGUGAUGAAUCUUAUAUGAAUCAAAGGAAUCUAGCAAAUCACGAAAAAAGUCAUUGUACGGAUGUUUCUGAGCAUGUAGAGUUGAUAUGUACAGAAUGCGGAGCCGAGUUUUGGAAGAAAUCGGACCUUCAGAAACACAUACGUAAACAUCACAAUGAGACAAGCAGACCGUCGUUCAAGUCCAAACUGAAGAAAGUUAAAAUGAGAGAGAGCGUUUUUCAAAAUGCAUAAUAAUAUAUCCAAAUAUCAAACUACAUUGUAUACAGUAAAACAUGUUUAUGUUUGGACUUGGUAAGUGUUGGACGCAUCAUAUUUGAAAAAGAAAAACUCCAUUUGAAAAUCACAUUGUGACGAUAAUCGUGAGUAGUCAGUUAUUAUCAACAAGACCACUGACAGAGGCUUUAGUCACCCGAAGUUCCAAACUCAUGUUGAGUCAUAUUAAAAGACCCUAAUUUAUAGUCGGAACUUAUAUAUGUAAUUAAAAUAUAUGAAAUUUGUACAUUGUAGCUAUUGAAAUUUUCCAUGGCGAGGUUUACAUGAUAAGACGUUAAUGCUUACGUUUCAAUAAAAAAAGGAUACCUGACUUUUUGAUUCAAUCUCUUUUGCGAUCAACUAAAUGCAACAAAAUGACACUUUAUCUAAAGUUAAUGUUUUUACCUAGGUGUGUCUUAUAAGCUGUGGAGAGGCAUGCCGACCUCAAAACAAGAUGAGAAAGCACAAAAAUGAUAGUAACAUACAUGGCCGAGUAACACAUUUUACCGAUAUCUAUUUAAAAACAAGGGCCUUGUGACCGUAAUUGAUAAAUAUCAACUUUAUAUAAAGUGUGGUUUUGUAAUACUAUAUGUUGUUAUAAAAAGGUAGAAAUGUUAUAAAAGUUAUAGCAAUUUUCAGUUUCAGUGUUUAUAAUGUGUCUUGGGAAUUCGUAGUAUCACCCAAUGUUUUGAAAUGCAUAUAUGUAGCACAUCCUCUAAAAUUUCAUUUAUCGCUUUACAAAGGUUUUAAAAUGAUUGCACCAUUUUGUCAUUUACUUAAGGCACAAAUUCCAUGUGAUCGUUAAGACCCUCUUGUUUCUGUAGAUUGAUUAUGACGUUUCAUUCACAAAAUUCAAAAAAAAAAAAUCUGCUUUAUUUAGUAUGAAUUUUAUAAGGAGAUGAACAUCUUUUUCUCAUCUUGAAAAUUCUGAAAGUAUUGCCGUAUUUAUGAACAUAUAAUACAAGCCGGUCACAAAAUCCGCCAAUAAAAGACAAGGCAAAUAAAGGCUACAGGUGCUGUAAAAAAACAACCGGCCUCAGUUGCUCAAUGGCCGGCCAUAGUUAACCAGUGGUUAGGGAAAAUUUUAAAAUAUGAAUACAAGAAAAUCAAGAAUAUCUUACAUAUUUUCACUUCUAUAGAUCAGAUUGAUUUGUUUGGAAGAUUUAUCUUGCUUUGCACACACAUGAUUCAUGUUGACAACAGUUUGAAUGUAUCACUUACCACUGGCUAAAAGUUAAUCAACCUUUGAAUAACUGGAGCAAGAUGUUUAUACUUUGGGCACGAAUUAGUGAAACACAUUUGAAAUAAUAUAUAAUAUAUUCGUCAAAUUCAAUGCGGAAAGGAUGAAAUUAAUUCUGUUAUAAAUAUUUUUUCUAUAGAAAUGUUCUUUUUAAAUUUUUAAAUUUUUAAAUUUUCAUUGGAUUAUUUUUAUAGUGCACGCACGAGGAGACUUUGAAACACGGCCACUAAAAUCUGUGAUAUUUCUAAAAAACAAAAAUAUUUUUUUUAAAACCACAUUUAUGAUAAUACUUUAAAUGAUUUUCAGGUUGCUUGCCCGAAGACACUGGUAUCUAUUAAGUGUUGUCAAUAAAUGACAUUGAAUCACCCAAGUUGCAUGAGUACAUGUAUCACGAUAUUUAACUCAUGUAUUGUCGCCUUGCUCGCUAUCGACUUAAUAUCAAAUUUAUAUUGACCUAAUUUGAAGAUCACAUAUGUGAGAUAUAAGCAAGAAGCAUUAAAAUUGUAUAAGCGACACAGACUUGACGUGUCUCUUGUUUUCUGGCCAUUUGAGUUCAUUCAAGGAACAUGUUUUCCAUGAUUAUUAUUUCCAAAUAACUUUUUAUUACAAAUUUGAAUUUUCAAUUGUCGUCCCCCGUUAAGAAACGGUGGAGAGCGGAGGAUCGCACACGUACCACGACCACGUACAUUUUGGAGCAGGUUUCGUUUGUUUUAGUUCAAUAAUAUAGCUAACGUUAAUUGAUCUUUUCAAAAUAUAAGUUAAUUGAAAUCAUCAUUAUAUUUUUGCCCGGUAGAUUUCUUGUUUAUUUUGACCAACGUUGAAUUCGCCCGCUCUUGAAAGGGUUAAACGUGCAAAACAAUAUAGGA